CCCCUUCGUUGGUCUCAGGUAUUUUCUACAUUACAUAUAUAUCUUUUGAGUUUCAUUCCUUACAAUGGAUGAACGUCUGUAAGCUCAAACGAACGGGAAGAUCGGUUCGAUUUGUGAAUUAACUUUUUCUAAUCAAGGACUUUGGACAUUCUUUUGGUUGUUCAUUCUUACAAUAGAGAUUAUUGGUUUAGAUAUCGGUUUAGCAAAAAAACAUAGAACCGAAGCUUGUGCUAAAUGAUGUUUUUUAUGUAAUGGAAGAGCUUCAGUUGAAUAUCCUGUAGCUGUAUGUUUUAUUGCGCUACGCUGCGGUUCUGUGGUUUGUAGAGAUUGAAAUUGUGUGUUUUGAAAUCGUUGACAGCCCUGUAAUCUUAUGAGUUCAGUAACUCAAGAAAAGUAAGCUAUCUAUAAGGACAAACUAGAAGGAAACUUCCCCACAAUACCUUAAUAUCUCAUACUUUUGGGAUUCUGGUAACUAUUUCAUUUGUUCUAGGAAUUUGAUAUCAUCUUUUCCAUUAAGCGUGCAAUUAGCACUUUCAGUAUCUUUACAAUUUACCCCUUUUUAACAGGCACCACUGUAAUUAGCUUAUAGUUUCCAUUGCAUAUAUCUCAAGGUUGUUGGAAAUUGAUUCUAUCCCACAAUGAGUUCAAGCAGUGGCUCCAUUGGUGAAACUUAUUAUGAUGUACUGUCUUUGAAAGAAGAUGCUAGCUACGACGAAAUUCGAGCCAGCUAUCGGUCUGCUCUCCUUAAUUUCCACCCUGAUAAGUUACAAGCUAUGUGCCAUAAAUCUCAUCCAGACGACAUUGCGUUGGAAAGAUACUUCAAGGUGCAGAAGGCUUGGGAAGUCCUUGGCAGCUCAAUGUCCCGUGCAUCUUAUGACAGAGAGCUCCAAGCUGCCAAAGGGGAUGCAAUUGGUGCAGAGAGCAUAAGUUUAGAGGAUAUGGUUGUGGAAGAUAAAGGUGAAGUUGUAGAACUUUUUUAUCAGUGCCGUUGUGGGGAUUACUUCUUUAUUGAUUCGGGGGAGUUGGAUGAAAUGGGAUAUCCAUUGUUGAGGAAUGGAAGUAAGGUUUCUUUAAGGACUCUGGAUGCUUUACCUGCUUCCGUUGUUUUACCUUGUGGUUCUUGCUCUUUGAAGGUUCGUUUGCUAAUUGAUUCGAAUUCAAGUGUUUCGAUUGAUUGAUGAAUUUGAAUGAUUAAAAUCACACUGACUUCUUUAAGAACCUUGGCAUUUCUUUCUUGAAUGAUUUCGAUGUUUUAGAGAGCUCGAGUGUGUUGUGCUCUUUCUUGGGUAGAGUUUCCUUGGGUUAAGAUAGAACAGUUCCCAGGGGAUGUCCAAAUGAAGAGUUGGACAAACUCUGUGAGGUGGAAGAAGCAUUUGUGUUUGUUGGGGUAGGAUUGACCACAAACAUUCGUCAAAACAGAGAAAAAAACAGGUUUGAUAGGGUAAAAGUUCUUAGUUAUUUUAGUUAUAUGUUUGUACUUGAGGAUUGAGGCUGAGAUGUUGACACAUGUAGGGCAUAGAAGUGCACACAUGGAGACUUAAGAAGCUGCUACCCCAACCACUUCAGUGAGCUGUUCUAACUUCUUUAAUGCAAUUAUGCAACUUUGUUGAGUGAAGUUGAACAACUUUCCUAGGCUAUUUGGUUCAAUUUUGGACUUGUGGAUUGUGGGGUAUUAUAGGCAUCUGAAAGACAUCAGCUUGAAGAUUUUGUCUAUCGACUGAAUUAAUCAAGAUUUGAGAGAAGUAUAACCAGAGUGUGUUUUGAUGUAACAAUUCUACCUGCUUUUGAUACCAUUGAGAUGGGGAAAAAUGCAUUACAGCUUCCUUCUCUGAACUGACUGCUAGCAAUUUGUGGUGCUGUGUAAUAUAAAGAUGGGAAGAGAGAUUUCCCCCCUUCUCCCUCGGAGCCUUGGUUAGUUCA